GGCUCAGUGUACAAAUGUGAUCUGCCUGUCGUAUUAAGCGUCCUUGCCGGUUCGGGCGUGAGGAUUGACGAUUGCUCCGGGAACCGGUUGCUCUGCCUAAAAAACGAGGGCAAAGACAUCAACCUACAAAGACAUGACCACCAAUGCCAGCCCUUUGCACCCAUACUGGCCUCGGCACCUGAGGCUGGACAACUUUGUGCCCAAUGACUGCCCCACUUGGCAUCUCCUGGCUGGCCUCUUCUCUGUCUCUGGAGUCUUGGUUGUGACCACGUGGCUGUUGUCAGGUCGUGCUGCAGUUGUCCCCCUGGGGACUUGGCGGCGACUGUCCCUGUGCUGGUUUGCAGUAUGUGGGUUCAUUCACCUGGUAAUUGAGGGCUGGUUCAGCCUCUACCACGAAGAUCUUCUUGAAGACCAAGCUUUCUUGUCCCAACUCUGGAAAGAGUAUGCCAAGGGAGACAGCCGAUAUAUCCUGAGUGACAACUUCACGAUAUGCAUGGAAACCAUCACAGCUUGCCUAUGGGGACCACUCAGCCUAUGGGUUGUGAUUGCCUUUCUCCGCCAGCAGCCCCUCCGCUUUGUCUUACAGCUCGUGGUCUCUGUAGGUCAGAUCUACGGGGAUGUGCUCUAUUUCCUGACAGAGCACCGGGACGGAUUCCAGCAUGGGGAGCUGGGCCAUCCACUCUACUUCUGGUUUUACUUUGUCUUCAUGAACGCUCUGUGGCUGGUGCUACCUGGAAUCCUCGUGCUUGAUUCUGUAAAGCAGCUCGCUCAUGCCCAGAGCAUGCUGGAUGCCAAAGCCACAAAAGGCAAGAGCAAGCAGAACUAAUAUAAGCCAAGCUCAAACACUGGCUGAUGAGGAACCCUCCACCAGUCAAAAGAGUCCAGUCCUUACUCCCACAGGUUGGAGGCACAAAAUGAAUUGAUCUGGCAAAUGCCUGCUGAUGGGUAAGCACCAGAAGGGCCAGAGGCAGAGGCAAGAAAGGACGUGUGUGGAGCUACUGCCAGGAAGCACUGGGACAAAGGUACAGAGGAACCUAGGCAGUCCAUGAUGAUGGCAGUUUUUAGAAUCAGGAAAUAAAAGAUAUGGACCCUAA